AUGAUUUGUAAAAUUAAAGCAAUUGCUCAAAUCAAGAUUCAAAAAUAAAUUUAAAUACCUAUGAAUCCUUUACAAUAGCUUUACCUAUAAGCAAUUAUCAAACACUAAGAGCAAGAAAAGGUGAAGUAAGAAGAAUAAGUUUAAAAGUAAAGUAACGAAGUAUAAUAUUAUAAUUAAUACAUUAGAUUCUUAAAUAGUAACAACUCUUAUCAUUAAUGUCAUAUUCUACAGACAACCUUAUAGAAAAGUAAUUAUAAAUAUUUAAUUUUUANUAUAUUAAGGGAUGGUUGAGAUAAGGUUUGAAAUAUAUGAGAGAUGUAUUUUUACCAUCAAGAAAUAAAUCUUGGGCUUAGACAGAAUUCUAUUCAAAAUGUUAAUACAUUCCACCAAGAUCUGCAUUUUAUAUGCUUAAGAUUUUAGAUUGUAAUUUAAAAGACUACUAAGAUGAUUUUAUAAUAAUGGAUUUUUAUAAAUGUGCAAGUGUUUUCUAAUAAUUACUAUAUUUAUAUGCUUUAAAUUUUGAUGUAAAAAGUAGAACAGAAGUAUAUGGUUUAUUUAGUCAAAUGAUAACAAGAAGAAUGUAUAAGAAGAUUCAUUGUUAUGCACAUUAUUUUGAGGAACUUAGGAAAAUUAAUGUAACUAAGAUUUGUAAAGAUGAAUAACUUACUCAACAUCCUAUGUUAGCUAGAACAAUUAAGAAAAAUUAAGAAUCUUCAUUAUAUAAACUAUUAUUUUAAGAGCAUGACUAUACUGUUAAAUUUAAAUUAUUUAAUGAAUCUAAUGAUUUAGAUUAGAAUCAAUUUAGUGUAUUAUUAAAACCUUCAAAGGCUAAAGAAUAAUUAAAUGAAUAGGAAACUUUUGUUAUGAAUUUAGUUUAAUUGAAAGAAGAAAAUAAAAUAAAGAGUCAAAAGGUACCUAAAGAAUUUAUAGAAACAAAAAAGAAAGUAAAAUAAAAGAAAUAUUUUCGUGGACAUUUUAUACGUGAUGGAACUUAUUCUUGUUGUAAUUAAACAACUAAAUAAUUUGAUUAUGAUUAUGAUAUUUGA